GAAUUGGAGAUUGCAUCGCCACGUCAGAAACUAGCAAUCUGGGCGCCUAGGGACAGGUGCUGGAACAGACCGACCGCGAAAAGCCGCGGUCGCGUAGGCGUUUUCAGUGGGCUGGACUUCCGCCGGAAACGGGGUGGCCUGGAACCUCUCCUAGUGGAGAUUCCGCUGUUUUUUUUUCUCUUCUGGUCGUGUCUUGGCACUGUCUGGGCCUGAGUGAAGAUGGCUUGCGCCGCCGCACGGUCCCCGGCCGACCAGGACAGGUUCAUUUGUAUCUAUCCUGCAUAUUUAAAUAACAAGAAGACCAUUGCGGAGGGGAGGCGAAUUCCCAUAAGUAAGGCUGUCGAAAAUCCUACAGCUACAGAGAUUCAAGAUGUAUGCUCAGCAGUUGGACUUAAUGUCUUUCUUGAGAAAAAUAAGAUGUACUCUAGAGAGUGGAAUCGUGAUCUUCAGUACAGGGGCAGAGUCCGAGUCCAGCUCAAACAGGAAGAUGGCAGCCUCUGUCUUGUACAGUUCCCAUCACGUAAGUCAGUAAUGUUGUAUGCUGCGGAAAUGAUACCUAAACUAAAAACAAGGACACAAAAAACAGGAGGCGGUGACCAAAGUCUUCAGCAAGGAGAGGGAAGUAAAAAAGGGAAAGGAAAGAAGAAGAAGUAACCUGAUGUGAGAAUCAAGGAUGUGGUACUACUGUAAGAGUAGAAUGAAGGCUUCCAAUUUGUAUCUGAAGGAAACAGAAGCUUUUUGUUUUCAUCCUUUGACUGAACUAUGAAUAUUUGUGCCUCCAAGCUUCAGCAUCCAAGUUACAGUGAAAUAAUAAUACAGAAGUUGGCAUCUAGCUCUUACGCAGUUAAAAAAAAUUUCUUUUGCAUUUCAAUGCAGUGUUUGUGGAAGAAAGAAGCAUAAUUUUAGAUGGACAGUGGACUCUACCAUGUGUUACCUGAAAUCCUGUAUUUGUUUGUCGUCUUUGUAAACAUGUUUCAGUUUAGUAAGAUUUGAAAUACACAUUUUGUUCAUCUUAAGUUAAUGAAAUAAAAUUUGAAAGCGA